UCAACAAAACCAAACCCUUUGGUGUCGACACCGAUAUUCCUACUCUCUCUCUCUCUCCCUCUCUUACAGAGAACGAAAAGUCUCUCUCUCUUCUCAGAGCUUUGCGUAGUCUGCAAUCGACCUUCUCAUCGCUGCCAUGGCGAACAGCAAUCUUCCCCGUAGAAUCAUCAAGGAAACUCAACGUCUUCUCAGUGAACCAGCUCCUGGAAUUAGUGCCUCACCUUCCGAAGACAAUAUGAGAUAUUUUAAUGUGAUGAUACUUGGUCCUACACAGUCUCCUUAUGAAGGAGGAGUUUUCAAGUUGGAGUUGUUUUUACCGGAAGAAUAUCCAAUGGCUGCACCUAAGGUUCGGUUUCUCACCAAAAUAUAUCAUCCUAACAUUGACAAGCUUGGGCGAAUAUGCCUUGAUAUUUUGAAAGACAAAUGGAGCCCUGCGCUGCAGAUUCGAACUGUGCUCUUGAGUAUUCAAGCGCUCUUGAGUGCUCCGAAUCCUGAUGAUCCACUUUCUGAGAACAUUGCAAAGCACUGGAAAACGAAUGAGGCCGAAGCUGUUGAGACAGCAAAAGAAUGGACCAGAUUGUAUGCUAGUGGAGAGUGAUAUCGAGCAAGGCACUCUUUUUUCGUUCCAUCUGAAGCCAAGAUUUAAAUUAGUCUGUGUCGGGUUCGAAGUGGAUAUUUUGGAAGAAUUGAUGUUGAACAAAUGAAAAAAAAAAAAAACAUGGCGAUGCUCGGGGAACGUCCCUUGGGAAAAAUGUGGUGUUGCAUUUGUUUUCGGUUGUUUGACCUUUUUAAAACAUGUGUAAUCACUAGAUAUAUUCGUUAACCUCUUGCACGAAUAUGCGACUCUGCGCAGGUAAUUGGGAAUCAAAUCAGAGAUGGAAAACAAUUGCUUGUA